AUGGACGUUUUGCGGCGAAUUUUGCCGCGAAAAAUGAAACGUGAUCAAUAUUCGUUCGAGUUGCUGAAAAGCAACUCGGCCAUCGAAUUGUCGGCGACGAUUUCGCGGCGACGCGACUCAUCGCUUACGUCGCCGGCGACUUCUGCGACGCGACUACCCCGCAAUUUUUCGCAAUACGAUAGUUUGCGAAUUGCGCCGAGUAGUCAGACGACAGGCGGUGCGAACACGGCGGCGACCACGCCGAUGAAGGUGGGUUUUUUUUCCACGUGGCAUUUCUAUGCAAAAAAAAAUUUGUUGUCUGGAAUUGACACGUGGGGCAAACGUUUUUAUUUUGCACAGCAAAUUUUUUUCUACGUGACCUCAAAUAAAAAAUCAUUGCAGAAUGUGUUUUUCACGCGGCACACACAUCUGGGCGGAGCCUAAUAAAAUCCUGUUUUUACUCGUUUUUUGAGGAUUUGAACCCGAAUUUCAGGGAAAAGUUGAUUUUUCACUAUCAGAAUUGAGCAAAGAAGGGUUGAGGGAGGUCCGGAAGACAGAUAAUUGCUUAUUAAUCUUCUAAUUCCGCUCAAAAUGACGUUUCUCCAUAUUUUUCUCGAUUUUCCCAGGAAAGACAAUAAACUUUCGAUUCAAAAAACUAUUACUACUUGAAAAAUUAUCAACUACUUCUAAAAAUGUAGUUUGAGCAUGUUUCCUUCGGUUUCGGCUUCAGAAACACAUUUUUUGUGAAAAAAAAACACAAAAAAAGACAUUUUUUUGCGAAAAUACUGUAGCGACACGUGAAAUUGUGCAAUGAGAAAAUGCGUAGUGAAAAAUUUGCUGUGUUUUGAAAAAUUUGGAGGGAAAAUUUUUGAUUAAAAAUCCACGUGGCAUUUUUUUUCUCAUUGUCAAUUCAGAAAACAUUUGACGCGUGGCAUUUUUUAAACAAAAAUUUCAAUUAGAAAAUUUUCUAUCUGAAAAAACACGUGACAACUUUUCUCCUAACUCAAAUUUUCGAACAUUUUCUUUUUGCCACGUGGCAUUUUUUUCGAAAUUUUGAAAUUCAAAUUUCCACGUGACAGUUUCAGACUUUGCAUUGUAUUUUAAGCAUCAACUUUCCAUAAGAUCUGAAAAUGUUCCAUCUGAAAUUAUACUUUUUUUCUGAAAAUCUGAUUAUUUCUGAUCUGAAAUAAAUGUGACACGAGGCAUUUUUUUAAAAUUUACAAAUUUCAAACUAGACUCUGAUUUUCAUCGAAAUUCUAGUUUGGCUUCUAAUUUUUCACCUGACUUUUUCCCCCUUUUUUCUAGCCUGAAAUUAUUCUCACAUUUCCAAUUCUCGUCGCCACGUGGCGAUUUUUGGCGCCAAAAAGUUGUGUGCACUAUUUCUUCUUUUUCCCACCCCCUGUUUUUCUGUCGUCUCUUACAAGGGAAGUGCAUAGGGUUAGGUGUUGAACUUUUGAUGAAACGUUCAAAAUAAACCAAAUCGACCAUGCUGAUCACGAAUCCGAAGUCAAAAAUUGCCACAAAUGCCUGUGAGCACUUUUCUGGAGCUCCAAAGUUAGAAUUGAGUUUUGGUUUUUGCCCAUUUUCACCUUGUUUCUGGGUGGAAAAUAGAUUUUUAUAACAUGAAUAAGGUUGCUCACCACAUUCAAAAACAUAUCCGCUUUUUAGUUCUUCGAAAAAUAUGAAAAACCAGCUGAAAACUGCAACUUUUAAGAAUAUCCUGAAAAUACACACAAUCACACGUAAACACACGUUUUUCAAAGUUUUUCGUGCAUUUUCGAAAAUUACAGUUUUCAGCUGGUUUUUCAUAUUUUUCGAAGAACUGAAAAGCGGAUAGGUUUUCGAAUGUGAAGAACAACCUUAUUCAUGUUAUAGAAAUUGAUUUUCCACCCAGGAACAUGGUGAAAAUGGACGAAAACCAAAACUCAAUUUCAACUUUGGAGCUCCAGAAAAGUGCUCACAGGCAUUUGUGGCAAUUUUUGACUUCGGACUCGUGAUCAGCAUGGUCGAUUUGGUUUAUUUUGAACGUUUCAUCAAAAGUUCAACACCUAACCCUAUGCACUUCCCUUGUUAA